UCUACCUGAGCGAGCGACAGCGCGACUGAUGCCGUCCUGUCACAUAGGUCAGCGUCUCGUUAAUCGUCCGAGGGGCAAUCCUAGCGACUCGUUUUCGACCAACCGACCGAUCUCGCUCGUCCUAUCCGCGGCGACGAAGCACAUAAUGCGAGUCCUCGCGAGCCACGAGACCGACACAUUCCCCGACCGGGCGCGCUUGUUGUCCCCGUGGAAGUUUACACUCACGAAAAGUCGUAACCUAGACGGCGCGCUAACGCCGCGACCGAUUCCUAGCGUGAAAUGUGUUCGGGAGAUAAGAAUCGCGUGUAAUCUCAAUGGAGAAGCGAAUAGAUGGGACUACGCUCUUCUCGUCGCGCUAAUGAGAGACCCGAGUUGCCUUGUGAACCGUUGUAACGAUCGUGAGCCCGCUCAAGCGUCAGAGUUUUUUUCACCUUGGAAUACUAAGAACGAGAAGAAUGUGCGUGUGCCGAUACGGCCGUCACUAAGAUGUGCUCAAUUACAAAUCCACGACCUUUUUGGAGCGGAUUGACAUCGCGGAUAUCUAGCGUACCACCGUUAUCGAGCAUCUAACAUCGAAACGAUCAUCGAGCACGGCGAUCAGCAGCAUUAACCGCUCUCGGGGGCCGGUUAAACUGCGCUCAAAGAGAAAUGAACGUAAUUAAUAAGCUUACUCGAGAGUACACUCUAGAACGCCACGCACGCUGAAAAAAGAAAUCUGAUUCGAACAGCCAAGUUCCAGGGUUACGUGAAUUCACCGCACAAAUUGCAAUCGAAAUAAAAUUGAGCAAAUGUCGAGUUGCAUAAA